ACAUGGAUCUUGGAUGUCGGUAAAAAAAGGACCCUAUCAAAACAAUUUGCAUACAUUUUCAAAUAAAGAAAGAACAUUUAUAUUUCAUUCAACCAUCAUUACCAAAUUAAGACUACCAUUAGGACUUACCUUAUCCCAUCUUUAAUCUAUCCGGUAGAAUUUUAGGAUUCAUAUUAUUUAGUCGUAUUUUGCAGUUACAUUUAUAAUUUAUACGUACAUUACUGUUAUGUGUUCUUCUUGCUAAUUUAUUAUUUAUCACGGAACGGCAAAGAAGUAUCAAUGCAUAUUUAAAUUUAGAGUAUUUUUUUUAUUAAAUAUAUUAAUAUUUUUAAUUUCUGCCUCUUUCUACUUUCUUUAGUCUCUAGGCCUACUAGCCAAACUAGAAACUAUACCUAAAAAGGCCUAUUUAAUUAACUAUUAUUUUUUUGAAGUAAGCUUAGGCCUAGGCCUUUUUAUUUUAAAUUUAAAUUUAAGGAAAGAUUGGCCAAAUAAAAUAAAUGUAUUAAUACUAUUAAUAAUUAAUAAGAUUAGAAAAUGAAUCAAUUAUCAUACUUACUUACUUAUGCCUUUCUACCCCGUCUGGGGAAUAGGCCGUCUACAAGAAUUUUCCACUCAUCACGGUCCUGUUCUUUCCUUUCCCAUUGCUUCCAGGUGUAUCCCAUAUUUUGCGUGUCUGCCUCUAGCUCUCAUCUCCAUGUAUUCUUAGUCUCAGGCCUUCCUCUCUUUCUUUUUCCCUGUGGAUUCCAUUUUCGGCAUUGUCUGGUCGUGCUAACGGGGGGAUUUUUCUUAGCGUAUGACCUAUCCAUCUCCAUCUUUUCUUUAUGAUAUCUUCAUCGAUGGGUCACCUGGUAUGUCCUUUCUAGUAGAUCUUUGUUGGUGAUAGUAUUUGGCCAUUUGAUUUUCAGGAUCUUUCUAAGGCAUGUGUUUAUGAAUUUCUGCAUAAGGCUCACUGUUGUUUUCCAAGUUUCUGCACCAUAUAGUAGGACAGUUUUGACAUUAGUAUUAAAGAUUCUGACUUUGGUUUGCAGCUUCAGCUCCUUUGACUCCCAUAUUUUAUUUAAUAGUACAAAUGCUGAUCUAGCUUUUCCAAUUCUGGCCCUUUAGUCUGCAUUGGAUCUGCCAUUUGUGUCUGUGGUGCUGCCUAAGUAAUUGAAGGACUCCACUUCUUCCUGUGCCUUUCCUGCCAGACGAAUAUGCUCUUGGUUGGAUAAGUUUACCUUCAUGAUUUUUGUCUUGCUUUUAUUUAUAUUGAGUCCAAGCUGUGCUGAACUGGUGGCUACGUCUUUGGUCUUUUCCUGCAUUUGAAGCAAGCCAUAAUAAGGGCUUAGGGUACUCAUUUACAGCCCUGCCUGCUUGCCUUUGACUUUGAAAAAUAGGCCCUGCCUAUGUCACUCAGUCUAUAACCACAAGUUAUGAUGAUUGGGACUUAUGUCAUGCCAUGUUAGUUUUUUGUGAUCAGUUAUCUUUAAUCAUAGGAGCUGUCCAUAAAUGAUGACACACAUCUAAAAGGGGGAGGGGUCACACAUUUGUGACAAUGUGUGAACUCACUGAAUUUGCUGAGUUUAUUUAGUGUGGAUUGGUUUUUUCCCCCUCUUUUGGCUUACGAUUGAGAAUAAGAUAAUCCGUUUUUUAUGUGUAUUAAAGAUCAUGCAGUAGUUUAUGACAAUUGCCUUUUAAUGUUCAAGUUUGUAUUGAAAAAUUUGUUGUGACAUCUAUUUAUAACGAGACAUAGUCAAAGUGUUACUACUGGCGUUGGAAAUGAGCUGGCAGUCUCAAGAAAAAAAUAGUGGUGGGCUUAUCAUGAAAAUUAUUUAAUGAGCCAAAAUUAAACUAGUAUGAAUUUACAUGAUAAGUUAAUGAAGAGUACAUGAUAAAUGAAAUGGUAGAUGAUAUUGAACCUCAUUUACGUGAGGAACAGCAUUGGGCUGUACAAGGAUAUAGAUAUACUGGCUUAGCCUUAGGUUACGAUUUAAUGUGGCUGUGAUGACGGUGUUGCAGUUUUUAAGGACACUGACAUCACUCUACUGGAAUAAAAAUGGCCAUUUUGUAAUCGACUACUAGCUGGUACAAAAGUAACCACAAAAGAAAUAAUUAUGUGCUCACUCUGAAGUUCUUAGCUAGAUCUUACUUUUCACAUAAAAAUGAUGAAGCAUUAUCAAAUAUUUUAAAAACUACUGAAUUCUUUCAACAAAAUAACUACUGAAAAAUUACUUACGCUGCUCAGUAAUACAAUUUUUAAAAAAAUAUUAUGUAACUCUUUUCAUUGUUAUUUUGGGAGUCAAUGUGUGUAUCUUUGAUUUAAAAUAAUUUUUUGAAGAUAUAAACUAUGCACAUCUUUUGUUCAGUUCAGAAAAUACUCAUGGAAAAUCCCAGUUUGAGCUGCUCUGUAUCCAUAGAAGAAUUGUCAGACACUGGAAAUGUUUUGAAGAAAGUUCAUCAUCGCAGUUUGACCCUUACCUUAGGCAGGGAUGAAUUUAGAGAAAUGCAGAUUAAGGUAUAUUUGCCUGGAGGGCACGAAUCUUGAACUUGAUGUUUCUGUCAUAAAAUAAAUGUGAAGAAUGGCCUUUAGAUCAGUGAAAAAAAGUUAUGAUUUAUACAAAUUAUAAUUGUGUCACAAUGUUGCCCUUGGCCUAAAAGUAAAAGCCAAGUUAAAUAUUGUAGAAAUAAAUUAUUGGGCACCUACUUUUGAAAACUGGUUGAUAAUGGCGUCAUAACCUGAAAGUCUGAGAUGACACUUAGUCCUUUAGUAAAACUAUCUCAUAGAAACUUUAAACAUUGUAUUUUUUAAACAUUAGUCAUUCCACUUUAACUUCGACUGCAGUAACAUGUUAGUUUGUCUAAUUUUAUCAACAGAAACUCUGACUUCAGAAACAUGUUUGUCUUAUUUUAUCAACAGAUAACAUUCCCUAAAAAGGAGAGCAAGUAUUCAGUGAAGGAACUUUUAAUUCACAAAAAAUUUGUGAAGGAUGGAAAGGCCACAAUAAAAUUGCCGAAUCACAAGAUUCAACUCAUGUUAUCCAACUGCCCUCCCGAUAAACUAAUUCUGUUUCUACAGACAUUGCAGGUAAACUUAUACAUGAAGCUACUUUUCAAUAAUCAAUAUAAUAAAGCAAAUUCAAGUUUAAACAUGAUAACAUAAAUUAGCUAAUAGCUUACUGUAUAUUCUGGUUUUCAGCUCUUACUUAACUAGUGUAUGUUUGUUGUGCCAUUAUUGUUUCAGCACAUAGCGUGGAAUGUUCGGUUUUUUAGUCCUGGUUUUUCACUAUUUAUAUCAACUUGAUGCCACAAUCCUUCGCAUACAGGAGUGCGUGGACGAUGUAAAGCGUUGGAUGACUUGCAACAAACUGAAGCUAAAUGAUGAUAAAACGGAAAUCCUUCUCAUCCACUCUCAAAACAAACCUCUCCCUCCAUUCGCUCCUUCUUCUAUAUCUAUUGGCAACUCUGACAUCACACUCUCUCCCUCUGCCAGAAACCUUGGAGUCACGCUUACGGACACCCUCUCCAUGGACAAACAUGUCACGAAUAUAUGCAGAUCAGCAUAUAACGAAAUUAGAAAAAUCAGCACCAUUAGACACCUCCUCUCCUUUGAUGCCACAAAAACUCUCGUCUCUUCACUCAUUCUUUCAAAAUUUGACUACUGUAACAUUCUUCUCUCAGGCAUUCCUCAACACCACAUAGAAAAACUUCAGAAGGCACAGAACUCAGCAUGCAGACUCAUUUUUAAAUUAAAGAAACAUGACCACAUUCAACCACACAUGCGGCAACUCCACUGGCUUCCAAUAUCCUCUCGCAUCAAAUACAAGUCUUCCAAUCUUUGCUUCAACUCGUUCACUGACCCUCACUUUCCUGUCUAUCUCUCUGAACUGUUGCUUCCUUACAUCCCCACAAGACAACUACGUUCUUCCAUUGACAGUAGAACCCUCUCAAUCCCAAGAACUAAAACUAAGACCAUCGGUGAACGCUCCUUCUGCUUCCAUGGGCCCACGUUCUGGAACCAGCUCCCCUUCCAUAUACGUCAUAGUGAAACCUCGUCCAUUUUCAAAAAGUCCCUUAAAACUCAUCUGUUUAGGUCCGCCUAUGACCUGUGAUGCACCCUCCUUGCCCUACCUAAUUUUCUGUUUCGGUUUAAUCCUGAAGUGUCAAAGUGUCCUCUUUUUAUAGCCAUUUUCAUUGUUUCUAUAGAAUAGUAGUUACUAUCCUAGUGUCUCAUUUGUAUUUACUUAGUUUACAUGUUUUAAUAAUUGUAAAGCGCUUAGAGCUUUAUGAUAAGCGCUAUAUAAAAAUGCCUAAAUAAAUAAAUAAAUAAAUAUCUACUAUAUUAUGCACUUAUGAUUGUGUAUGUUAUUUAGGCUAGUGAUUCUCAAACAUUUUAGUGUGACAGAUCACCAUGAAUUAUUUAAGUUGCAGGAUGAAUGAGUGUACAAUUUAUUGAUUAUUGUUAUUUUUCAAUCUCUUUUAUGUUUAACUUCUGCAAGCCUGUUUAACUUAACUCAGACUUAGUUAUAUCAAUUUAGUUUUGAUUACCAGCAUUCAGCUGCUUUUAAAAUCUCUCAAACACUUGAUAAUGCUUAAUCUUAGAACUAAAACAUUAAUUAUAUAAAGGUUCUAGCUAGCACUUGAGGCCAUUAAAUAUUUUUGAUUGAUUUCUUCCUUUGCUUUCAGACUAAGCUUGAUGUGCUCAAGCAAAAGGGUUUUCUAUCUCAAAGACAAAAGCUGUUCUCAGGAAAGCAUCACGAAUUUGAAGAAAUUUCACCCCUCACCAUUAAAGAUCUUCAAGUGGCACACGGAUCGAAAUCUGCAGCGGGAUCGGUCAAGCCGGGCACUUUAACUAAACCUUCAUCCUUGGCGGGCAACGGACAAGUCAGUCGAAAGAGGCCAUCCUCCUCUCUACAGGAGAACAGCCCAAACAGCCUAGAAAAUGAGGCCAAGAGACUUAAACUGCUGACAGCUAAGACUGCUCUUUUAAAAAUGACUAAAAUCAACGGUGUCAGCCCGUCUAAAGUUUUGGCCACUCCAGUUCAGUUGACGGCCGAGCAGAACCGGGUACUGGAAGCCGUCUUACGGGGUAAAAGUAUUUUUUUCACAGGGAGUGCAGGGACAGGAAAAUCAUUCCUUCUGAAGCGAAUUGUGGGUAUGUAGAGUUUCAUUUCAUCCUUUAUGACUACCAUACAUUAUUUAAAAUAAUUAGAAAUUUGAAGUUACAUGGUUUUAAGCUCAGUAAUAUCUAGUUGUUCAUUACUUAAAAGCUAUUCUGUUGAUUAGUUGUAAAAUGUAAGAAAAAUAUGUAAUUUCAUCACAGACGAAUCAGUGUAUAUCAAAGUCAUUUAUUAAAAAAAGUACAAUUUUAUUAUUGAGUAAUGUGAGACAUUGUUUGCUAGUUUUAUUUUGUUUAAUUGAAAGAUAUGGUGUCAUUCAUCUGAAAUCAUAGCUAAUGACUUCAUGGUGUCAGUUUGAACAUGAUCUGAGAUCAUAGCUAAUGAAUUCAUGGUGUCAGUUUGAACAUCAUCUGAAAUUAUAGCUAAUGAAUUCAUGGUGUCAGUUUGAACAUGAUCUGAAAUCAUAGCUAAUGAAUUCAUGGUGUCAGUUUGAACAUCAUCUGAAAUUAUAGCUAAUGAAUUCAUUUUCACCAUGGAUUGCCUUCUAACUAACAGGCUCACUGCCACCCAAUCACACCUUUGCCACAGCAAGCACUGGAGUGGCUGCAUGUCAUAUAGGUGGAACGACAUUGCAUGCGUUUGCUGGUAAGUGUUUUACUGUGCUGUUAGUCUUUGGACCUGAAAACAUAACAAAAUAAUAAAUUUUUUCAUGUCGGAAUUUAUACAUCCUUUUGCAUGGAACCUCAAAGAGGGGGUGGUUGGGAAUGUCUAUGGGCCCCAUGGUAAAUGACUCUUGGUUUCCCCAACCCGCAUAAGUCAAUUGUUUUUUAUGUAUAAAGCAAUUUUUCCUUGUUGAAUGGAAGUCUUGUAUCAUGGACUAAAUGAGGCAUUGGUUCAUAUUCCUUCUGUUGAUGUAUUCUGAAUGACACUCUAAUCUGUUCAGGUAUAGGCGCCGGGAGGGCUUCACUAGACAAAUGUAUAGAGCUGGCCUCCAGAUCAAAAGUCGCACAACAGUGGAGAACAUGCAAGCACCUCAUCAUUGAUGAGAUAUCAAUGGUGGAUGGGGAUUUGUUCGACAAGCUGGAAUCAGUGGCACGGUAG